CCUUGUCAUUCCAUAUUCACAUGCAGCAUUUUAACCAAUUUCAUCUUCCCCCUACAAACAAAAUGUCUUCUUCUUCUUGUCUUCAAGAUAAAUCUUUAAUUAGUAGAACAUUAUAUUUUCUUCUUGCUAUAACAUUCAUUUCAUCAUUCGAUGUUGUCGCUGGCUCGCCACCUCCGAAACCAAACAUUGUUGACGCUUCUGUCCUGACACAAAAGAUUAACACCAAUCGCACAAUUAAGGUUGCUCUGGAAGGAACAGACGGGUUCAAGUCGAUUCAAGCCGCAAUUGAUUCGGUCCCUGAUGGGAAUACUAAUUGGGUCAUAAUCCAUGUUAGGCAAGGUGUUUACAGGGAAAAGGUGACAAUACCAGAAAAGAAGCCUUUUAUAUUUUUAAGAGGAAAUGGUAAAGGAAAAACAGCGAUCAGGUGGUCUCAGAGCUCGGUUGACAACACGGAAUCCGCUAUUCUAAAAGUGAAUGCUCACCAUGUUGUUGUGUUUGGUCUCAGCAUCAAGAAUGAUGCUCCCACUGGCGUAGCAAUGACCUCCCAAAAUCAAUCGGUGGCAGCAAUGGUGGCAGGGGACAUGGUUGCUUUCUACCAUUGCGCAUUCCAUAGCACCCAUAACACACUGUUCGACUACAAAGGCAGGCAUUACUACGAUACCUGUUACAUUCAAGGCUCUAUUGAUUUUAUAUUCGGUCGUGCUCAGUCCGUUUAUCAUGACUGUGAGAUAUUUGUGGUUGAAGACAAAAGGGUAGAGAUCCAUGGGUCAAUAACAGCACAGAACAGGCCAGCGGCAAAUGAAGACAGUGGAUUUGUGUUUUUGUAUGGGAAAGUAUAUGGAGUCGGAGAAGUAUAUCUGGGAAGAGCGAAAGGAGCGUUUUCCCGAGUUGUGUUCGUAAAAACUUAUAUUUCAAAUACCAUUGUUCCCGAAGGCUGGAGCCUUUGGAGAUAUGAGGAUGGCAGCACUGAAAACUUAUACCAGGCAGAGUACAAGUGCUACGGACCAGGAGCACCAACAACAAAGAGAGCAAAAUGGGCUAAACAACUAAACGAUAAAGAAGUCGCCCCCUUUCUUUCCAUAGAUUUCAUCAAAGGCAAGGACUGGUUGCCUGCUUGGUCUUAAAUCUGCAUUAUCUUCUUUCACGCUUCGCUUGCCAGAAAAAUAGAACUCAGAAAUCACGCAGACUCGGAAGGACAAAUGGAUUUGAUUUGCAGCUCUAAACCAUAUGAUAAUUAGUUAUCCUCACGAAGAUAUAAGCAUGUAAUGUAGUAACAAUACGUCGCAAGGGUUGGUAAAUUUCGGUAUCACAAGAUGUCACGAGAUACAUGGACCGAAAUUGAUCAGCUCUCGAGCCUUCGUGCAUGCAAACAUAUUUGGGAACAAUUAUUGAUCCGCUUUUAUAAAGUUCCAACUUUUUCCUAG